CCAGAAUAUUCAUCCAAUAUCAAUUGCAUUCAAUACUAUGGCUUCCAGUACCAAUUCCAGUGGGGUGGCUCAUAUCGCCAACACUGACCUUGGAAGCAAGACCACAGUCAAGAUAGUACUCGGCGCCAUGACGCUGGGCAAGAAAGGCACUGAAGUAGCCCGUGUGCACGACCUGAGAGACUUCACAAUUAUGUUGGACAUGCUGCAGAAAUCUGGGUAUAACGAGGUUGACACUGCACGGAUCUACGGAGCCUCUGAGGAGCUUCUCGGCCAACUAGACUGGAAAGGACGUGACAUAGUAAUGGGCACGAAGCUCAGCCCCCGCCGGUCCGGACCCAACCCAUACUCGCACAAGACAAAAGACCUUCAGCGAGGCCUCACAGACAGCCUUCAGGCGCUGCAGACCGAUACGGUCGACUUGUGGUAUCUGCACAUGCCAGACCAUGAUACGCCGUACAAAGAGACUCUUCAGGCCGUCAACGACCUCUACAAGGCAGGCUUGUUCAAGCGGUUUGGGAUCAGCAGCUAUGCUGCAUGGGAAGUUGCUCAGAUCUGCGAAUUGUGUAUCCAAAAUGGCUGGAAGAUGCCGGAUGUCUACCAGGGGUCCUACAACGCACUUCAACGCUCGGCUGAGCCGGAACUAUUCCCUUGCCUCCGAGCCUAUGGGAUCGCCUUCUAUGCCUUCAGUCCCCUGGCUGGUGGGAUGCUGACGGACAAGUACGAGCGUGAUACCACUCAACACGAGCCGGGCAGCCGGUUCGAUCCAGCCAAGGCGCAAGGGCGGGGCUUUCGUGGAAUGUAUUGGAAUGAAUCUUGUUUUGCUGCUCUGGACAUAGUAAGACCGGUAGCACAAAAGCUAGGCCUGACAACUUCCGAGGCGGCACUCAGAUGGCUAAGCCACCACAGCUCGUUGAAGGAUGACGGCCUUGAUGCGAUCAUCGUUGGCGCAAGCAGUGCAAAACAGCUGGAAACGAACCUGACAAGUCUAGAGAACGGUGCAUUGCCGGACGAAUUAGUGAAAGCCUUUGACGAAGCAUGGAUGGUCGUGAAGGGAACAUGUGGCCCGUAUCAUAGAUGAACAUUGCCUAUAAAUACUGAAAUACAACUAGGAUCGUAUCUGUACCUACAGGACGGAAUAUCGACUCUUUUACUG